AUGCCUACUUCUAUUGCUCCACCCACGUCGAGCACUCACAUAAAUUCUAUCCCGGCAGUUGGUGACCAGGUAAACAUCAUGUCUGCGUCUGGUCCACUGCGUCAUCCCAAGCCGCUCACACCCUCCGAUAUUCAUUCGAUGCUCGAGCAAGAACAGGAAGCCAUGGUAAACCGCCUAUCGCGAGAGCUUUCCCUCCUUCGUCAACAGACGAACUCGGUCGCAUCGACGGCAUCUUCCACAUCCACCACGCUCAAUGACUCUGUAGAUGUGCUCCAUGCAUCAUCGUACAUCAACAACUCUGCACACCCCACGGCAUCGCGAAGGCACCGCUCAUCAUCGAGUCUGAGCUCCUCCUACAUCCCAGCUGUUCAAGGAUCGAGAGCAGGGAGCGUUUCUGGCAUUGCACCCGCGCGAGACACAUACCUCCCUUCAGCACGUCCUGAUCCCUCGCGACCGGGACGAAGCCGGGAAUCAUCUCUCACCUCUCCUCGGCAUUCAGAAGGAGCGUUGCCAACACUAGGAUCAUUCCAUCAGACGCAACCGGCCGAUCAGUUAACUCAUCACACUGCCAGCUAUCCACACCGCAGCUCGCUCUCUCAGAAGACACCCGUCAUCGGCUCUACUGCUCGCCAUGAUGAAGUCUCGCACCAACGCGGGGAAGUAGAAUCGCUCAAGCGCGAGAAUGAGAUGCUACGUCGGCGUGUACGAGAACUCGAGUCUGCCUUCACGAAACUCCAGGGUCCGGAGUUGAAUUCCACUCACCAAGAAGAAGUCGAGACCGCAUCCACUCCUACGAAGGUGCCAGAAGAGUCAUCUAGCGCAGACACUAAAGAACGAGCUUGA